AUGUCAAAAAAGCAAGACAAUCUGACACAAGAGGAGAUAUGGGAUGACUCUGCCCUGAUAGAUUCUUGGAAUGAAGCCUUGCAAGAGUACAAGAAAUACCACAGCAUUCAUGCUAAGGGCGGAAGUGUACGAGAAUUGGAGCCCCAAAAUCGGGCCGAAGCGGAGGCUGAGUCUGGAUCUGGGCAACCCCAAGUUACAGAAGCAGAAGAGAUUGAGUUGGAAUCAGGAGCAGCAGAACAAAACAAGGAGAUCCCAUCGUCGCGCAACGAGUCUAAGGAGCCAAUCGCGUCUCAAGGUCUUCCCUCAUUUCCUAUACAAACCGUCCUCGGUUCCGUUCAGGACGAAAGCCUCAAGAAACUCCUUAUGUCAUGGUACUAUGCUGGGUACUACACAGGGUUGUACGAAGGACAACAGCAAGCUCAGCAGAAGUAG